AUGAUACCUUCCCAAACAUCGCAGCUGCCCUUCACCGGGUCCAAGCUUGACUGCUCCAGCCUCGCCUCUAUGCUCCAAGACCCAACAGACGACAUGUACAAGAACCAGGUCGAAGCUCUCUGCCGCGCGGCCGAGAGCGCAAUGGACCACUUCAUCAACCAAAACGCCAAUCUAGAGAGACGAAUCGCGGAAUUAGAAACACACCUCGCCCAAGCCCAAGGAACACCCCGGACCCAAGACUCCCUUGUCACCCUCGCCGAUGAACUAAGAACUCUGCUGAGCGCCAGACCAACAGAAUUGCGCCCUGAGUCACGCCCCCGUCGAAUGAUGCCAAACCCCAACCCAUUUGAAGGCGAUGAGAAGGAUGUUAAGAAACGCCAACAGCAAUAUGUCAACUGGCGCUCUCAAGUGCUCCGAACUUUUGCUGUGGAUAAGAGUUUCUUUGUCACCGAUUUUAUCAGAAUCCAACACAUCGCUGGCCUGCUUGGAGGAUCGGCCUCGAAGCUCUACCGCAAGAAAUUCGAUUUCAUUAUUGAACAUGAGGAAAACCAAGCCAUAUGGCCAUGGCAAACCCAUACCGACUGCCUGGCGGAGAUGAACAAACAGUAUGAAACGCUUGAUCUGACACUUUCGGCUUCACAAGCCUUUGAUAACCUUUGGAUGGGCAAGAAACCCUUCCAAAACUUCAUCGCUGACUUUGCCGCCCUGGCCGAGGAGUGUGGAAAGACUGAGACCCAGAAAGUUGAGUCCUUGCAGCUCAAGGUCUCUCAGGAACUCGCCAACGAAAUGACGCACCAGCUUGUCCGCCCUGCUAGAGACAACUUCUCUGAGUGGUGUAAAUGUACCAGACGAUCUACGAUAACCUGUUGGCCAAGGACCACCAGGACAAACUGCGCUCAGGACGUCUAG